AAUUGAACGUUUAUAUUAUUCAUUUAUUGUUAAUUAUAAUGUAUAAUAGUUAAAUUUGAGGGCAACCUUGGAAUAUUAAAAGUGCAUGAGGGUAUAUGGGUAAAAUCUCAUCAAGGAUUUAUGUCAUAUUCCAAAUCCCACAUCAACAUGUGGGAUUUAUAAGUCCGUGGGGUCCACGGAUUUGGACCCUUGAAAUCCGUGGGCCCCGCGGAUUUGGUCUCCAAAAAAGUUGCAAGCAAACAACGGAUUAUACCUAAAUCCUUGAUAGUUGGUUUUUUGGUACCAAAUCCAUGUACCAAAUCCUUGAAGCAAACGACCCCUAAAUCUCUCUCCCUAUCUAUAGCAACCAUGGCGAGAAGGUUACAAGGCAAAGUAGCUCUCAUCACCGGCGGAGCCAGAGGGAUCGGCGCUGCGGCGGCGCGGCUUUUCUCACAGCACGGCGCCAAAGUCGUGAUAGCCGACAUCCGGUCUGACCUGGGCCGCUCCGUAUCCGAGCAGAUCCAACUCGAGUCGGGCUACCCGGUCUCGUACGUCCAAUGCGACGUCGUAAACGACUCGGACAUGCAAAACGCAGUGGACACCGCCGUUUCGACGCACGGGAAGCUCGACAUCAUGUACAACAACGCAGGGAUAGCAGGGGAGAAGCUGGACACCCUCGAGAAGAAAAAAGUAGGCAUACUGUCGGUCGACCCGGAGGUGUUCAGGAAGGUGUUCGACGUCAACGUGUACGGAUCGUUCCUGGCAGCGAAGCACGCUGCCAGGGUGAUGGUCCCGCAGAAGGGCGGGACCAUCCUCCUGACUGGCAGUGCUGUGACUGCCAACUAUGGCAUGGUGCCGCACGUGUAUACAGCGUCGAAGCACGCGGUGGUGGGGUUGGUGAAGAACCUGUGCGUGGAGUUGGGGGGGUUUGGGAUUCGAGUGAACUGCAUCUCGCCAUUUGCGGUUGCGACUCCGUUGACUGAGGAGUCGAUGGGGCUGGACGAGAAGGCUUUCGAGGAGAUGUUCUCGACGAUGGGGAACCUGAAAGGAGUUGUUCUGAAAUCGAAGGAUGUUGCGGAGGUGGCAUUGAACCUGGUGAGUGAUGAGUCCAGGUAUCUUAGUGGGUUGAACCUUUUGGUUGAUGGUGGUUUCUGCCUCAAGAGUGCUUGAUUAAUAUCAACUUCAAUUCACCUUGGGGUAAGGAUCGAUAGAUUAUUUUUGAAUAAGUCAACUCGAUUGUGGUAUCGGAUCUAAUAUGUUCAUUUCAUAUUUGUGCGCACAUUCAAAUCGACUAAAAUAUGUCAUAUGUUCACAUGAGAUAUAUCAUAUUAUUAAUAUAAAGGUGUCGUGUAAUAUAACGUUAAAUAAGUGUGAAAUUGUAAUAGACAUAAUAGUAUGGUAGAUGAAUGAGCCAUCCAUUAGGUGAGUGUUUGUUUCUAAUUUUGAAUUCUUCACUUCUUACGACUCUAAUUACUUAUACACGGUCGAUAAUAUUGGAUAAAUCACGUUACAUCACCAAAUUAUCUCUUUAAAAGAACAAGUUACAAGUUUACUGUUUCUUAGAGUCACAUCCAAACACUGUGACUUGGUUUGCUUUUUUGCCUCUUGUUCUCCUUUCUGAUUGGCCCUUCUUCUGAGUUCUGACAUGCAUAGGUGGCUCUCUUUUGUAAUUAACCAUUAACCAAGACUUUACUGAGGACUAAAAAUGCAAUUAUGUUUUAUUUCUUUAUUCCUUUCCUCUCUCCUUCACUUAUUCCCAUCCAUUCAUUUUCACCACUCCCGUAACUCCUCCCCCCUCCAUCAAUCUUCAUCCCUCCCUCUCUCUCUCUUUCAUUAAUCUUAUGUUUAAUGAUUUCUUUUUAUGUACCUAAAUUCAUGUGUACUCAAUUUAAUUCGAUCCGGUUUCGGUGUUGCCGAAUUUUUGGUCCGCAACAUAUUUUACCAACUUUUGUAAAUGACGAAUUGGGUUGUCUGUCGCUUUUGUUAAAAACUAUAUUCAACCUGAUUCGACCCAGUCCCGAUGUUGCCAGAUUUUGGUUGGGAACGAAUUUUACCCUCUUUUGUUGAGUCGGGUGUACUCAAUCUAAUUCGAUCCGGUUUCGGUGCUGCCGACUUUUUUAUCGGCAACAGAUUUUACCAACUUUUGUAAACUUUGGAGGAGUUUUUGUGCCAUUAACGUUCUAAUUAAUUAACUUAUGACAAUUGAGCCCAAAUUGGACAAAAAACAAUGAGUAUCUGACCUAAUUCCACUCGGCGUGAGCGUGUUAAACCGGACAUUGACAAAUUUUUGGUCGACAAUGAGUUUUGCAUGCUUGAAUCAAUGGAUGUUUGACCUAAUGUCGACCCGACUAAAGCGAGUUGAACACAAUAUUGACGAAGUUUUGGUCGAGGUCGAGUUUUACAUGUGUCGGAUUGGGUCGUUUUUUUUUAAUAAAAAAAAAAUGCUUGUUCUCAUUGGCCUUUUCUCUGACGUUACUUGCCUGCUUUUUUGCUUGUUCUUAUUGUCCCUUUCUCUGACAUCUUGGAGCUCGUCCUGUCACUUCCAAUUAAUCCCCUCUUCCACUUCUUUUUUAGUUUUUUUACUUUCUCCUCUUAUCUCUCACGUAGAAGGAGAAAAGGAAGAUCUUUCCCCUCACUUAGUCCCUCUUAUCCCUUUUCCAUUAUUUAUUUAUCUUUAAAAGAACAAGUUACAAGUUUACUGUUUCAUAGAGUCACAUCCAAACACUGUGACUUGGUUUGCUUUUUUGCCUCUUGUUCUCCUUUCUGAUUGGCCCUUCUUCUGAGUUCUGACAUGCAUAGGUGGCUCUCUUUUGUAAUUAACCAUUAACCAAGACUUUACUGAGGACUAAAAAUGCAAUUAUGUUUUAUUUCUUUAUUCCUUUCCUCUCUCCUUCACUUAUUCCCAUCCAUUCAUUUUCACCACUCCCGUAACUCCUCCCCCCUCCAUCAAUCUUCAUCCCUCCCUCUCUCUCUCUUUCAUUAAUCUUAUGUUUAAUGAUUUCUUUUUAUGUACCUAAAUUCAUGUGUACUCAAUUUAAUUCGAUCCGGUUUCGGUGUUGCCGAAUUUUUGGUCCGCAACAUAUUUUACCAACUUUUGUAAAUGACGAAUUGGGUUGUCUGUCGCUUUUGUUAAAAACUAUAUUCAACCUGAUUCGACCCAGUCCCGAUGUUGCCAGAUUUUGGUUGGGAACGAAUUUUACCCUCUUUUGUUGAGUCGGGUGUACUCAAUCUAAUUCGAUCCGGUUUCGGUGCUGCCGACUUUUUUAUCGGCAACAGAUUUUACCAACUUUUGUAAACUUUGGAGGAGUUUUUGUGCCAUUAACGUUCUAAUUAAUUAACUUAUGACAAUUGAGCCCAAAUUGGACAAAAAACAAUGAGUAUCUGACCUAAUUCCACUCGGCGUGAGCGUGUUAAACCGGACAUUGACAAAUUUUUGGUCGACAAUGAGUUUUGCAUGCUUGAAUCAAUGGAUGUUUGACCUAAUGUCGACCCGACUAAAGCGAGUUGAACACAAUAUUGACGAAGUUUUGGUCGAGGUCGAGUUUUACAUGUGUCGGAUUGGGUCGUUUUUUUUUUAAUAAAAAAAAAAUGCUUGUUCUCAUUGGCCUUUUCUCUGACGUUACUUGCCUGCUUUUUUGCUUGUUCUUAUUGUCCCUUUCUCUGACAUCUUGGAGCUCGUCCUGUCACUUCCAAUUAAUCCCCUCUUCCACUUCUUUUUUAGUUUUUUUACUUUCUCCUCUUAUCUCUCACGUAGAAGGAGAAAAGGAAGAUCUUUCCCCUCACUUAGUCCCUCUUAUCCCUUUUCCAUUAUCUCUCCCACGUCAGAAUCUCUUCCAACCACUCAUCUCAAAGAAGAAGAAACUCACCCCUUCUAUCCCUAGCAACCACUAAUCUCAAGGAAGAAGAAGAAACCCACCCUUGCAGAUCAAUUUCUUAAACGUUUUCCAGUUCAUCUUCGAUUUCGAUUCUUUUUGUUGAACUCCCAAUCCCGACGGCCACAUGUCUCGGUCGACACUUGCAGUUUACACUUGUCUUUCUCCAUCUAAGCUUCUUCUUCGGCGAAUCGACGAAGGGACGAGGCAACCAGACUUCUUCUCUCGGCCAUAGGUGCUUACGACGAGCUAUUGCUUCAUCAUCAGUUUUCCUCUCUGUUUCAGUUUCAUUAUAGUCUCUGUUCCGCUCUCUCUUGCUGAUUUUGUAUUGGUUUCUUUGUUCUCUUUGUUUAUCACAGCCGGCAGAUUUGAGAGGUUCAGUGAUGGUGUGGAGAAGAAGCUAAUCUCCAGGAUUCCUAUGAUAAUCGGUGUUUUGCGUGACGGUUUGGAGAAAAAUCCGAUCUCCAGGUUCCGUACUGCAAUUGGAUUUCAGGUGACGGUUCUUUCUGGGAUUAGUUUGUUAACUCUGUUUUCUUCCUUUCAUGGUUUCGUUCUCAUUCUUUCUUCUUUUGGAGGGUUUCUUCGUCCCCUUUCCGAGGAGGUUGGGUCACCGAGGUAUAUUACAAGGAUUCCGAUGGUAAUUGAUGUUCUGCCGUGCCUUAUCCGUAACCUUAUGAACGAGCAAAAGCGAGCGAUGGGUGGCCGAUAUGUCAACGGAGUUUUUGUCAACUUCCUAUUCCACUGCAGGUUCCUUAUUCUAUAUAGAAAUUGACAGGUUUUUCUUUAAACUUUGCAUCUAACUUUAUUUAACCUCUGUGUAGUUUUAAUCAAAGUGGUUUUGCGUUGUUCUUUUUUUGUUUUCCAUCCUCAGUCGUGUUUGGUUGCCUGGGAUUGCUAUCUGCUCUGAUCUCCUUUCUUGCUGUCAUUGUUUGUGUAUGUACUGGUGAUGAAACCCUGUAUCAUCAUCAACUAAAACGUCAUAUGACAAUGAGUUUUCUGGACCAAAAAGUGAAACAGAAAAGAAAAGUAACGAAAUACAAACUAUGGACACGAUGCCUGAAGAGCUGGGCUUCGCCAAACAGUUGGUUGGGAUUUUCCGCCAUUAGUCAGGUGUUCUUAUAAAUUGUGACUUUAAUCGGUUGUUUUCCAGUUUUAGUUUGUUCUUUUUACCGCUUAAGCAUGUUGAACUUCUGUUCAAUGUUUAUUCUUUGUCUUUCACGUCUUUCCGACCACUCCUGCUUUGUUUUUUGCUCACUUUACUCUUGCUUGCUGUUCAAUUUUUUUUUUUCAUCGUUUCUCUUGGACUUAAAAUCCUCAAGGUUGUUGCUCAGUUUUUAUUCCUUUCUAUAUAGGUCAUCACUGAGUGCUCUGAAAUACAGUUCUUCAUGGAACUCCUGGUGGUUGGUGCUUAGAGCUACCAAAGCUACAAGCUAUCCUUCUGAGCUUGGCUGGGUAAUGAUAUCUUGGAGUUUCAAGAAGAUGUUAGCAAGGUAAGCUUCUCUUCACCAUCUUAGCAAGUAUGUAUGAUGAAUGCUUGCCGGUUCAGUGAGUAGUUUGCUGCAUUGUAUAUCAUUUUUAACAAGCAUGAUGCUGACCCUGAUAUGGGGAUGGAUCCACAGUUUGACAGUUGCCUUCCAACGGCUGCUCUUUAUCUCAAGCAAUGAUUGACAACAACUAUUUUGAUUCGUGCAAGUUAGUUCUCUGCUUUAUAUCUCUUCCUCUUUCAUCUACUCUUUUUUUUUUUCUUUCGCUGUAUUCAAUCCCGCUACCACAGAAUUUUUCCUAUUUCAUUCUAGGAUUUACUCUUCCUGAUUGGUGAGAAGAUUUAGUUUCUCAGACAACAAUUGGUGACCCAUUGACUGUCGAAUAGGUGGGAGUCAAAUGUAGGAUCUCAUAAUAAAGAAAUCAGUUUCUCUUUUACCUUAGAAAAUUUCACUGUUUUUUGUCUGUACAUGCAUGUUAUACUAAGAUCAUAGCUGCCGGAAGAAGAUAGAAUAGUAAAACUCAUCCACGGAAGUUCAUAUCGGCAAGGAAAAAACUAUUUAUAGACGAUUAUGUAUGCCCGAUGACAAUAUUGAUCUGGUAAGCCUCUGCUUUUUGGAUUUUGUUCUGUUUAUAUUCUGGGUCUCUUCCUUUCUUUGAUCUGGUUUCUAUAUGUUUUUGUUUUGAUUUGAUUUCCGCCAAGGGAAAAGUGAGAAGAAGUCGCCAUCGCCAUUUCUCUCUCCAUCUCAUGAAGAAGAAGAAGAACCAGCUUCCGGAAUGAUCUCCAACUCGCUCCUGCCGGCUUCAGUUCCUGUCCCUUCUUCUCUUGAAUCUAACCUUUUAUUCUUCUUUCCCAGGUUAUCUCUUUCUUUUUUCAGAUUCGCUUGCCACAUAGCUCCCAUCUUUAUAUGUUUUUUUGCCACAAAUCCGAUCUCUUUUCUGGUGGUCAAUCCAUGAAGGCAAUGGAAGGAACCUCCCCAAUGAUGACAGGUCACUAGCUCCUCUCUACCUUUCCAGUUUCAUCAUGGUAUUGUUAUUGCUGAUUUGGGGAUUGUUGGUUUUCUUUUAUUUGGGUCUAUCUUUCUUAUUUCCACGUUGUAAUUCUGAUUUCCAGAUUAAAACUCUCUCAUAGGAUGCAGCAAAAAACCAACAGUCAGUCUUUGUCAUUGCUGGAACACUAGGAAUCCCAAUUAAACUCCUUUUAGGGUUCUCUGUUUGGCAGAUUGAUGUUGAGGUAUCCCCUUUGUCAUUCUACAACGCCUAUCCAUGGUCUCACUACUCUAGCUCCACCGUUGUUGUGGAACGUUCAGCCUUUGUGUUGGAUUCUUCACUUAGUGCCAUUUUCCACUGCAUGAACACAGAACUGUUAGGUUUCUUCGAUUUGAUUACUCAAGACAUUUUAUGAGUUGAUGAUACAUUUGAAAUGGGUUCCUGCUUUUUCCAGGGAAGCGCUUCAUCGUAAUGCCUCUUGAGAGGAUGCAUCGUCGUGGUGGGUUGUUGGUCAGUGGGGGUUCUGUUCAGGCCAUCACUACCAAACAAUUGCAGUUUGGAUUGGGGUCAAACCGUCACUAGCCUAUUCCUUAGACCCCCUUCUAACCCUUCGUGAUAUGCAUCAAUCCGAGUAAUGCCUGUGUGAUUUUUGUACGGCUGUUUUGCUGGUUUUAAGAUGAGAAUUAAACAAGUAUAAGAGGGUGCUUUAUGCUUCUGUUGCUGAGCCAUCUCAAUGGUGACUUGCUGGAUGCAUCCAGGCGUAUAGAGUGGUGGAGAUGACUAUGUUGUUCAGGUAUUUUCUUCUGUGCUUUUCUGAUACUUUUGAUUUUCAUGAAUAGUUAUGGUUAGAGUAUUAUUAUUGGAUUCCUUUUAGAAUCCAGUGAAAAUUAUUGUUGUCGGUGUGAUAUUUUCCUUUUUUCGUCAAAGCACGAGACAUGAUUCUACAUUGCCUAUUUCGUACAAGUCAAUGCACUUCACCAACUAACGCAGCUCAAACCAAUGGAUUGAAGUUUACCUUCAAUAUCCUUUUUUAGGUCCCAUGUCUGCACCAGUAAUACUCCCACUGAAAUCCAAAUAAUUAGCUCACUCAACAAUUGAAUAAUGCUGGGUUGUGAUUAAUGAUGUUGUUGUUGGUUUUUGUAUGUUUUUUAUCUUCCGCGUACUGUUUAUUUAUUACUCGUGAACAAGCGCCGCUGGUAUUGAGUCAGAGUCAGACACUGCACCAUGUUGCCAUUUUUGUAGCCUGAACCUGUUUUCAAUCAUUGCCAGUUAUAUGUUUUGAUCUCGUGUGUCAAUCAACUGAAGGCUGCAGUUUUUGACACUGAGCGAAGAAAGUGUUGGAAACCACACUUGCAACAGUGUUUAUUCAGAAGCUUUCGAAGAACUAGAAGCCACCACUUGGUCCUUCUAUCACCAAUGCAAGGUAUUUCCUUUUCUGAUAUGUUGUAUUUAGUCCCAAAUGGGCUAGCUUCCCUUGACAAAUUUUGUCAGUCAUGCAUAAAUAACAGAAGCCUUUAAUUAAGUGUUAUUGUUUUCACUUAAUUACAGGAUUCUUGAAGAUGUGAUGUUGCUGGAUGGAAUAGGUGACAACGAAGGCCGUCCUCUGUUCAACGUACAUGCAAUGUAAGUACCUGGUGAAUGGGAUCCAUUUUUGAUUUUACAAUUUGUUUCGCGGAUAUUGUAGUUUUUGACAAAAUCCUGAAAGUAAAUACUGUUAGAAUCCCAACCCACUAAAUUGGUUGUCUAUGUCAUCUUCACAAUUUAAAGUUUAAUUGAAUUCUCAUUCAAGCCAGCUUACAUGGUAGUUCUGUGAGUCAAACAUCCGAGUGUCAAACGACAAUACUUAAAAUGUUAUAUGACGAAAAUAGAGCCAGUGAGGUUAAUAGAAAAUUCAUUUAGCUUUUUCUGGAGUUCAUGCAGCCUAACACAACUUCCUCUUACAAUGAACAUUAAAACAGUACAAUUUCAGUCGAAAGUAUAGAAGGAAACAACGUCUAGCCAGAGUAAAAAUUACAUAGCUUGCCUCUGCAUUCACAUGACUAUUGACUGGGAUAUUUUUAUCUUGGCUCAACUGACUUAGGCUUUUACCCAUUGUAAGGAUUUCAUUUUACUUACUCAUUUGCUACUUUCACCGCCUGCAAUCUGCAUAGUAGGAUGUCAUUUGUGGUUUAUAAUGGUCCCUAACAUUAUAGAUUUUAUGGUUUGGUUUUGUUUGUGCCUAUAGUUUUAUGGUUGCCCAUAUGCUUUGCUCUACAGUUUGUAGCCGGUCUGUUCUGAUGUGGCACCAAGGGUACAUGGAACUGUGGAUUAGGAGGUAUAGCGAUGCACAACUCAACUUGCGUGUGCAUUGCUUCAUUAUGAUUAAUUGAGGUUUGUUCUUCUAUAACUUCUUCUUUUAUUCCCUUUACAUGUUCUGUUCUCUAAUGUGGUCUCGGUUCUUUUCCCCCCUUUUUGCCAGAGCUUUGCUGUACAAAUAGGGAAUGAAUUGCAUAUGCAAUUGAGAGGACUAGAGUUGAAUAUUGUUAUUCUAGGAUGAGGAGGAGAAGGUCAUGUUACAGCCAGGUAUUUGUUUUCCUAUAACGGUCUGAAACUUUGGUUCCUACAAACCCAGUUUUAAGUUUUCAUGAUGUGAAAUAAUUUGAAUGAUCUUUAGCAAGCAACCAUGUGGAAAAAAAUGAAUAAAUUUACCAUAGUUACUAGAUAAUUGGUGAAGUUUAAUCAAGCGAUAAAUGCCAGAUUGCCUGCUCUCAAUUCCCAAAGAGUUGUUGAGUUAGUAAAUAAUUCAUAUAUUCAAUUGUGUUAAUUUUAUUGUUUUCAUGUACCUUAUAUGUAAUUUAUAAAGGGUGUUUGCAGCCAUUAACUAAUUGGUAUGUUUUCAAAAUGAUUUACUCCUCAAACCAACAGUUAGGUGGCCUGACAAUUCUAUGUGUUCAAAUUCACUCUCCUUUCCUUUAGCUAUGGACUCUGCUGGUGUUUCAUUUCAGAAUUUCAGUUAUGGCGUGGAGAAGAAUUCCAAUUUCGUUUUUAUUCUCAUUUCCACUCUCUCUUUCUGAUUUUGUAUGAGUGUUUAUGUUCUCUUCCUUCGAGAUGGGUGCCUAUUUUAAUCACAAAUGCCGGAUUUGUGAGGUUCAGUGGCAGUGUGGAGAAGAAACUAAUCUCCAGUUUCCACGACGCUUUUAGAUUUCAAGUGAUUGUUCUCUCUCUGUGAUUAGUUUGUUUACUCUCUUUUCUUGAUGGUUUCGUUUCCAUUCUUUCUUUUGUCAGGGGGUUUGUUCGUCUGCUUUCAAAGGAGGUUCGGACGGCGAGUUUUGUGGCAAAGAAAUUGAUCUCAAAUUCUUAGGAAACUUUAUUGCCCGUUGAGCUUGCGAAGCAACAGGCGGAACCUACUGUGGUGGUGAGCUACCUCUCUUGAUCUGAUUCCUUUCUAAGGUUCAUGUUUACUUGGAUAUUUGUUUAGAUCGUUUGUUUGUUCUCUACUAGGAGUGGCGACGACUGUUUCACCGGCCACUUCAUAGCAGAUUUUGCACUCUUGAAGGUUAGGUACAUUCUUUUUAUAGGCUGAAACGAAUGCAGUUAGGAUCUGUAGUUGUUGAAUGUGUUAUUGGCUUAUUGCUCUGUAACCCAACUGCUAUAAAUUCUAUCAGGGUCCUGCAAAUUCGAAAAACUCUUUCCAGUUCGUGCACUUUAUGAUGUUGUUUUUUUCCUUCCAAGCUUGAUGUGAAUGUACGACAUCCCAAUUGCUGGUAGGACAGUUGGUGUGAUUUUCGGUUCUCAAACUUCUAUUUACGGCACUUGACUCCUGCUAUAAUAUCUAUGCACUUCACUGCUACUUAUGUCAAUUGCAUAUGUACCAUGUAGGUCUUUGAAAGUUCGAAUCUUUGCUAACUUAUCCAUAAAAGUGCGCUUCUUUGCUCUUGGUUAUAUAUUCCUUUCUUCAUGAUGAUGCCUUUUUCGGUUUAAAAUUUUGGAGGUUUGUGUAUGGAUAUAAGAAAUAAUUGGUGUGGCCUUAUCUACUUUUCUUUGCCCUGGAGGAAAUAGUAUUUGAUUCCUGUCUUGGACGUCUCAGGAAUUAAGACCUUGGAAAAUUGAUUUGCCUUCACUUGAUCCUGGUGAGCAUCUCUACUUCUUUCAUUUGGUUUUAUGCUCUGCCUAUUUACUUCAUUCUACCAUUUGAUUCUUUGAGAUUUAUUUUCUAGGGUCAUGGUUAGACUGCAUUUGGUUUAGUAAUUUGGUUGAUUUCCUCAUUAUGGCGUUUGAUUAGCUCCCAAUUUUUGAGGUUAUGCUUCAAAGCCCUCAUUUGGAUAUGAUUUCUGAGUUGUUGAUUUUGCGGGGAAAAGCCAAUUGAACUUUGAUGAUUAGGGAUGAUCAGACGAACUCCUCAUUUCUUCCUAAAAAAUUGUUUUCAUACUUUGAAAAAGGAUAAGUAACCAUAAAACAAGUACCUAAUACACUCACAAGAGAAGAGCUUCCUGUUGUACCAUAUACUACCUGGGCUUGGAUUUCUUUGGAGUUCCUUUAAUGUCUGUUGAUGCAAUUGUUGAGUUCUAUUUUUGGCUUUUUUACGCUUUCCUCACCAUAUUCUGUGUAGUCUCUGAUAGCCCGUGUGAUUAUGUCUCUGUCAACCAUAUUAUGUGUACUCUCUAACCGUUGGAUUAUCGGAUGCAAUUUCUUCUAGGGUUGUCUCUCUGAGCUUUUUACUAAUUUGUCUCUAUGGGCUAUAAGAUGGGAUACAGUGCUGAGGGGUUUAGGAAGCUCAAUCCUUUUAUUUGUUUUCCAUUGGUUAUGUUCUGAUGUGGUUUUGGCAUUAUCCAAUCAGUUGAUACAACCCUUUUUAGUGUCCUCUUUACAGACAACUGAUUAGUGUUUUUAUUUCCCUUUAUUCCUUUAACCCUCAGUUGACUCCUCAAAUCUCUGGCCUAGGAAGACAUGAUGGACGUACUUGGGAGUUUUUAAUUUAUUUUUACUUCGGUGGUUGAAUUGGAACUGCCUGCUUGAUUGCUCAUUUUUGUUUUAAUGUAUACAUGGACUACUUGAGUUUGACUAAGGUUGCUAUCUGCUGUAAUGAUCCAUCUUUUGUCAUCUCAGACUCGACCCGUAAUGGCUCGGAAAUUCAGUUCUACUGAUCUAUGACCUUCCUCUGUAAGUUCAUUUCUUAUCACUUCCGACUCUUUCCUUUAUUUAUUGACAUCCAAUUGAGAAUGAAGGUUUAUAAGUUGUUUUAGGGAUCAUUUUCUGUAGUUACGAUUGUCCGUUGCCGCCCCAUCAUUCUGUGUCACUAAAGACACAAACCAAGAAGCACUGACCUAUAAAUAGAAACUACUAUCUUUUCCCAUAAGUGAAUUCGGAUUUGAAUGCUUGUGUUCUUCUCAAUCAUGUUAGUUUUGUAUUAUCUAUAGCUUACUUUUCACGAUUCUCCUUACCCUUCUUUUACUCUUUCCGGAUGCUUUUUACCCGAAUUAUCUUGCUAUCUUACCUAUGCCUUACAUCAAGUUUAUUGGGUUUCUCCUAAUAUCAGGUCCUUGCCUAUCUUUCAAUCUGUGAAGAAAGGGCAAAUCUUUAGCUGACUCCUCACUCCCAUGAUGAGGUGCUUUUAUGCAACUCCUAAGACCUACUCACCUUAGGUUGACCGAACCGUUGCCAUCAGUCAUUGAUUCUCUUUCUUCCAUUUCUACUAGAAGAUACAAAGGUUAGCUCUUACCUAUUCAUUCUUUUGGCAUAGAACCAGAAAACUUGAGAAACUUAUAGACCCUGUAGUCAAUAGCACGGUUUGAAUGUCUCUAAUGUAGUGUUCUAUAGGUGAUUAACCUGUCACCCUUCUUUCCCUUUAGAGAUUUUACAAUUUGAAUUCAUAGUGGCUUGAAACCAAGUGUUUAUAGUUUUGUUGCCAUUUAAUUCUUUGUAAUAUGACUGCAUUUGUAAGCCUACUUUCUCAUGUACCCAAUGAUUAUUGGUUCAGGAUUUUGGUCAUCAAUACUGUUGUUUACUGUUGAGGUUGAGGCGUAUGAGUUAUCUUUUUUCCAGCAUGUGCUCUGCUGUUUCAAGUUUCUUUCAGAAAGAAUCUCAUUGAGUUUGUCUAGAGCGUAGGUUUUCCCAUGUCAUGGUGCCGCUUUUGCAUUUCACAUACUAUGGUAACCCUUUGCAUUUCACAGUACAAUUUGGUUUUUGCCAGCAAUUAGCUCUUAUUUUCCUUCUGGUUGACUGGAUACCUUUUGUUUUUGAAACACACUUUAUAGUGAGCGGACCUUUGCCGAUCAAACUGUUUGAAUGUUCUUUUUCAGGUGAAUUACAUGAAUGUUCUAAGUUGUCUAUGUUUUCUUUGUUUCUUCUCAACUCGCUCUUGCCCGUGAAUUGCAGUUGUUGCCUACAGAUGUACAAUUCCAGAGAUAGAAGCAUAGAGCAACACAAAUUUGUGCUUCCUUCGUCUGGAAUCAAGCUAAUUUGGUUAGACAGAUUAUAUCCAAAAUACAUAGACAGACACGCGUUAUGGUAUAGAACUUAAUUAACAUAAUAGGGCCAUGUAUGCACUGUAUUUUGCACUAUGUAGUUCCUCUAUGGCUUGUGGGUUAUUGUGCUCUUGAAGUUGGCAAAGAUGAAUUAAUUUACUGGGAAUUUUCCUGCUGUACUGCUUGCUGGCCUUUCUUCUUAAGUCAAUUCUACUAUAGAGUCGUCUACUUAUAUUGGGUUGUGCAAUAGUGCUUGAAGGUCUUUCGCGUUAGAAACAUUGGUAAUGAUCCUUUCUCAGGAAAGUGCGUGUGUGUUCCAUGCUGCUUCAUCACGAUGAGAUUUGGAGCGCCAUAACGGACAAUUAAACUCUUCUGGAAGU